AUGGCAUUACGAUUAUUGAGUGCAACCAUGAUGCGUCGCCAAAUGACAACACCAGCAUCAGAAACUAAAAAUUAUAGCAAAGUCUCUGCUGAUCCCAACUUCAAGUCGGGCAAUGAUGUAUUUCAUGAAUAUGGACAGUACCUCAUGUCUGUUUUACCCAAAUUCAUUCAACAAUUUAGCGUAUACAAAGAUGAAUUAACACUCUAUGUGGCCCCCAGUGGCGUCUAUCAAGUGAUUCAUUUUUUGCGUGAUCAUACUAAUGCCCAGUUCAAGUCCUGUAUGGAUAUUACAGGAGCCGAUUUCCCCUCACGCGAGAAUCGAUUUGAAGUAGUUUAUAAUUUGUUAAGUAUGAAAUACAAUGGACGUAUUCGAGUAAAGACAUAUGCUAGCGAAACGUCCCCUGUCCCCUCUGUUGUACCUCUCUAUAGUGGGGCUAAUUGGCAAGAGCGUGAGACGUAUGAUAUGUAUGGUGUCUUCUUUACUGGACAUCCUGAUUUAAGACGUAUUUUGACAGAUUAUGGUUUUGAAGGUCACCCCCUUAGAAAAGAUUUCCCAUUGACAGGUUAUGUUGAAGUACGCUAUGAUGAAGAAAAGAAGCAUGUAGUAACAGAGCCUGUUGAAUUAUCACAAGCCUUUAGAAAUUUUGAAGGAGCACUUUCACCUUGGGAACAAACUGGUGCUGGACGUGAUGAUACUCCCAAAAAAAUUGAAAGUGAUCAAAUGAAGAAAUAA